UUUCCUCUAUUGAACUGUAGAUCAGCUGUUGUCAGUCAUUGUGCAGCAACAAAAACAUUUGAGUUGACAUUUUUUACCAUUUCCCAGUCAUUUAGUUUAAAGAUUAUGUAAAGAUCAAUAAUAUUUCAUAGGAAAUCUUGACCAUCUCUUUUUAUGUGCAGUACUGUGCAGCAAGCUUCUUUCUUGAACUCACAGUCAUAGGAAUCAAAGUGACUUUGAAAAACAAAAUUUUCUCAGGUCAAACAAAUAUUCAUUCGUAAAUUGGAAACAGUAAUCUAUUUUUUAUUACUCAUCUCUUUUUGCAUUUAUUAUGGAUGGUUAUGGAAAUAAUGAUAUAGCUGAUCUCUAUCCUCGCCCUGCAUCAGCAUGUUGUGUAAAUAGUGCUUGGGCUCCAUUUGAUCCAUCAUCUAGUCUUUCAGGCUCAACCAGUGGUGAAAGGUUGGAACAUCUUGUUAAAUCGAGACCUCGUAAACCUAAAACACGAGCACCCACAAGAGCUUCAAUCAUUUCAACUAGUCUAUCAUCGUCCACAAUUCAUGUUGAUGCAAAAAAAUCAUCCUGUUCGAAUGGACAUUUAAAACCUACCGAACCUACAAUUUCAUUCGACAAAAUUGACGAUGGUUUAGAUGUCUUCUUCCGCAAACCUGCUUUAAAAGUAACUGAAAGUUCAACUCCAAAGCAUCAAGCUAAUUCAGCACCAAAGACUGUGAAGCAAAGUGUUAAACAACUAAAUUCCAUUGCAAAUGUUGAUAAAUUACAAGAAAAGAGUACAACGUCAUCAUCCAAAUCUCCUACCAAAGCAAUCCAGAAGAUCAUCAAAUCAUUUGAGAUCAGAGUGAACAGGGAAAGUGUUAAAUAAUGUUGCUGUUCAUUCAUCCAUAUAUCAUCGCGUUUCUUUUAUUUUCUCACCUUUCCUUUUCUUCAUAAUCUUCCUUUUUCAUUUACUGCUAAACUGAGCACGACACAAUUAGAAUCAGUGUCCAUUCUGUGAACAAGUUAAUUGGUCAUAUUCGUAAUAUACCGUCACAUAAUUCCUAUGUACAUUCCAGUUGAUCAUCCUGAGGAUAAUAGGACCAUACCAUUAUCAAAGGCGCUUGACAAAAGCAGUUAUCGGUCAAAGAAAAUUUCAUUUUAUUUUGGAUUCAUCUUGGACUAUUUAGUUUUUUAUUUAUCUAUAUGCUACUUUGGUUGCAUUUAUUGUACUCGGAAGAUAUAUCAUAACCAUUCUAACUAUCAUUCCAAUUGAUAGACUGGUUUUAAUUAUUCAUUAUUUUGUAUCUGCCUACAAUCAAUGGUUUUUAGAGUGAAACAAGCCCAAAAGCCAAAGAGGAAACUCAGCCAAUAUUAAGAUAUAAACUAUGGAUACGAAUACCAGAAACCAAAGCUAUUCCUUGCAUUUAACAAAUUUUCAAAAUAACAUUUGCAUAAUCUUAUAUUAAUCAUUAUCGAAAUAAGUCUCAAUCUCGUCAGUAUUAUAUUAUAUAUUCACAGAACACACAAAGGAUAAAUUCAAGACAAAAAAGUGUAACGCGGUUAAACAAGAUACUCAAAAGAAGGAGUCACAAAAGACACAAAACGCCAGUUAAAAUGGAAUUACGAUAAUUUUUAUCGUGCACAUUGAUGUCAUCAACGCUAACCGUUUUUAACAAUUGAAUAAAUACUAGUCCAUAAGUCUUGAACCUAAA